AUGAUGAUCAAGAUGGGGCAGAAGAAGUCGCAGGAGUGGAAGAGGACGUGGGAGCAGUACUGCACCCAGAACCUCCUGGAUGGGAAGCCGCACUUUGACCCCGCCAAGCGGGACGCCAGCUUCCUGGAGGGCUUCUUCGACUUCAUAGGCAAGAUGGCCCAGGGAGUUUCGCCCCCCGGCGGUGGCAUGGGCAUGGGCAGCAUGGGCGGCAUGGGUAGUAUGGUUGGCAUGGGCAGCAUGGGCAGCAUGAGCAGCAUGGGCGGCAUGGGCAUGGGCCCACCUGUGAAGAAGGGCCCUGGCAUGGGCGCCAUGUCAGGAGAUCCGAUGAAGGAUCAGCUCGUGCAGAAGGUCAAGGCCUUCCAGAGACUGGGCGAGGAGAACAAGCAGGCGUGGCAUCCUGGUUAUUGCGACACCAAUUUGGGGGGUGUCUACGACCCGAAUCGGCACGACGUGGGCUCCCUGCAGAUGUUCGUUAGCCAGUACGGCGCCCAGGACCUCGCCGGGGGCGGCGGCGGCUGCUCUGGGGUCAGCGUUGGCGCCGGGCACCCGCUGGUGAUGAAGAUUAAGGGAUACCAGAAGAUGGGCGAGCCACAGAAGAUGGCAUGGUAUUCUUAUUGCGACGCCAACCUGGGGGGCAAGUACGACCCCGCCCGUCACAGCGAGGAGGCGCUGAAAGACUUCAUCGCCUCCUACGGCGUGCCGUGA